AUGGAGUCAUUGAGCCACCAAGAUGCACUUCAACUAUUUAGUAGACAUGCCUUUGAUGGCAAUGCUCCUCAAGGUGAUUACUACACUCUUUCAAUAGGCAUUGUGUCUACUACGGGUGGACUACCUUUAGCUCUUCUAAUAAUAGGUUCAUCUCUGUUUUAUAAACACAAUAAAGAGAUAUGGGAAGAGAUGCUACAGAAGCUAGGGAAAAGACCUCAUCGUGAUGUCAUGGCUAAGCUACGUAUUUCCUAUGCUACCUUAGAAGUGGAUCAAAAACAGAUAUUUCUUGAUAUUGCAUGCUUUUUCAUCCGUCAUAAUAAGAUCGGUCCAAUCUCCUUGUGGAAAGAUUAUGGGUUUAGGGCAGAGGAUGCUAUUAAGGUCCUUCAGAACAUGAGCAUGAUAAAGGUUUUAGAUGAUAAUAGCUUUUGGAUGCAUGAUCAGUUUAGAUAUUUUGGAAGGGAAAUUGCUGAGCAAGAGCAUACCAGGUUGUGGGAUGAAUUGUGGGAUGAAGAAGACAUCACUUGCAAAUUAAGAUCGACAAAGAUCAAGGGAAGCGUUCGAGCACUCUAUUUGAGAGCGAAGGUUGGCAACCCGAUAACUGUCACUGUGGAGCAAAUUAAAUAG